CGGGUGACACUUAGAAUUAAAUCCUGACCGACCAAUAUUUGCCGAGUAGAUCCGACCUCGAAUCACAACCGUACGAUCUCACCAGGUUUGGUCUCGCCGAGUAGAUCCGACGUCUAACUCGUUGAAUCGCCACUCGAGCGUUCACCGAAGCUUCUGUGCCCCUACUCUUUACUACAGGCGUCUGCCUGAGACGAUGACACGUGUCCAUCUAGUAAGAUAUAUUACGUAUUUGCCCCUGAUAUUCGAACCAGUUAAAAUCCCAAAUGCCACUCCGUUUCUCUAGCAUCCACCUCAUCCCUCUCUCUCUAAAAAAAAAAUUAUUCGCGUUUGCCGGUGACCGGUGCAUGGAAUGACGGACUACAGGCUUCCGGCGACGAUGAAUCUGUUAACCACCGACGAUAACGCCUCCAUGAUGGAAGCUUUCAUUAACUCCUCCGACCUCUCGGAUCUCUGGCCACCGCCGCCGGCUGCUCCGGCGAGUCAGCCGCAGAAUGCGCCGGCGAUUGUUCCGCCGGGUUUAUGUCAGGAGACUCUCCAGCAACGCCUUCACGCUCUGAUCGAAGGAGCUCACGAGGGUUGGACAUACGCCAUAUUCUGGCAACUCUCGUACGAUUUCUCCGGCGCCGCCGUGCUCGGCUGGGGAGACGGCUAUUACAAGGGCGAGGAAGACAAGGCUUGUCCCAGGCCGAGGGCGACGACGUCGUUCUCGUCUUCGGCAGAUCAAGAGCACCGUAAAAAGGUCCUCCGGGAGCUGAACUCGCUGAUCUCAGGCGGAGCUCUCCCCUCCGACGACGCCGUUGAUGAGGAAGUGACCGAUACGGAGUGGUUUUUCCUGGUCUCGAUGACUCAGAGCUUCGCCAGUGGAUCGGGAUUGGCGGGAAAGGCGUUCUCGACGUCGAACCCAGUUUGGGUUGCCGGAUCUGAUCAGCUUUCCGGGUCGGAUUGCGAGCGGGCCGGGCAAGGUGGGGUUUUCGGGUUGCAGACCAUCGCGUGUAUACCUUCGGCGAACGGAGUUGUGGAGCUCGGGUCGACGGAGAUAAUCCGACAGAGCUCGGACCUUAUGAACAAGGUCAGAAUCCUUUUCAAUUUGGACGGCGGACAGUGGAGCGGCGACCCGGAUCAAGGAGAGAACCACCCGUCCAUGUGGAUCUCUGACCCGAUUUGUGGAGAACCAGGAACAAACGAACCGGGUCAUGGAGCUCCGAGUUCAAACUCGCAGCUUUUCUCCAAGUCUUUGCUGAUGGAGAACGGUAGUUCGAGCCCCAUAACCGAGAAUCCGAACCCUACUUUGGUUCACUCCCUGACCCAGAACCUUAAGUACAACGAUUUCUCCCGAGAGAUAAAUUUCUCGACUUUAAAUUCAAAUUUGGCCAGGCCCCGAUCCGGCGAGAUCCUCAACUUCGGCGAGGAUGCCAAACGGUGCCCCGGAAACCCGAACCCGGGUCUGUAUUCGGGUCAGUCCCAGUUCCUAACCAGCGACAUCAAGAGGAAGACGAAAUCCAUCGGAAUAACCGAGGACACGGUUCUCUCCUUCGGCGUCGCCGGUGAUAAAUCCGGCGACUCCGACCACUCUGAUCUCGAAGCCUCCGUCGUGAAGGAGGCGGUGCCAGAGAAACGCCCGAGAAAACGGGGACGAAAACCGGCGAACGGCCGUGAAGAACCGCUGAACCACGUGGAGGCGGAGCGGCAAAGACGCGAAAAACUGAACCAGCGAUUCUACGCGUUACGAGCAGUGGUGCCCAACGUGUCGAAAAUGGACAAGGCGUCGCUGUUGGGAGACGCCAUCGCGUACAUCAACGAGUUAAAAUCUAAGCUGCAAAAGGUCGAAUCCGAGAAAACUCAGGUCGAGUGCCAAGUCGAGAGCUUGAAGGGGGAGCUCGCGGGACAAAACGCAAACGCAGGUGUGGUAGGGGACGUCGGAGAUUCGUACUCUUCAGUCAGCAAACGGACAGGGGUCGAGAUCGAAGUGAAGAUCAUUGGAUGGGACGCGAUGAUCAGAAUCGAGUCGAGCAAACGCAAUUAUCCGGCGGCGCGAUUGAUGUCGGCGUUGAGGGAUUUGGAGCUUGAAGUGAAUCACGCGAGCAUGUCUGUGGUGAACGAUCUGAUGGUACAACAAGCGACUGUGAAGAUGGGGUUCAGAAUCUACACGCAAGAUCAGCUCAGGGCGGGGCUGAUUUCCAAAUUCGGAUAAAUUGUGGGGUCAUUUUGUCAUUAACUCUUUCUAGAGCGGCUAAUUAUUUAUUUCGUAGUUUCUAAUUUUCAAGGGGUUUAAAAAAAUGUUCUAAAGUAGAGCGACAAAAAAGGUUCUUGAUUGCUCAUCUACUCAUAUAUAUAUAUGUAUGUAUACAUUAUCAGAGAUGGGUCUGUACUAUUUUAUUCCACAAGGUAACGACGUGUAUAUACGAAAUAUGUGUUA